AUGUUACCGGGGAAUAGAAUCAGAAAUCAGUCAAGUGGACAUGCAAAUAGGAAGAGAAAGGAGAGACAAGACGAACUGAUAAAAUCUCAAGCCAAUGAUAUGCUAAAGUAUGUUACAAGAACCAAAACUGCAAAAAGUGAUGAAGCUGUUGGAGAUGAGAUUAACAACGAAGAUGAGGAGCUUAUAAUUGAAGAAGAUACAUCUGAGAAAAGUGAAGAAGAAAUUGUUGGAGAUGAUGCAAAUUGUAUGGAUACGGAUAAAGAAAAAGCUGAGAACGAAGACAUGGAAGACCAAGAGGAAGUUGAUGGUAUUAGGAGUGUUCAUGAGAAUGUUGAUAUGGAUGACCUUGCAAACUGGAAGAAAAUUGACCCAAGAAUGAGAGAUCGUUUGGUGGAAAAGGGUCCACCCACAAGACCUUCAAUUGAUCAUCCUUUUCCAAGAGAUAGUUUCGAUAGAUGUUUCACGUACUCGUCUUAUACAAGAAAAAUGAGCAAUGGAGAGAAACAAGAUAGAAGAUGUCAAGAAACAUGUCCUCCUAUUCUGGUGACUACGGGUUAUGAUGACUGGAGAAAUGCUUCACAUAGGCUAAAGUCUCAUGAAACGACUUACAAUCAUAUUGUUUGCAUGAGUAGCUGGAUUGAGCUAGAAACGAGGCUGAAAAAGAGUGAAACUAUUGAUAAGCAUUUGCAAGAGGCAAUUAACAAGGAGAAAAAACAUUGGAGAGAUGUGAUGUUGAGGAUAAUUGCAGUGGUAAAGACUCUAGCAGAAAGGAAUUUAGCAUUUCGUGGAGAAAACGAGAAGGUUACUGAUCUAAACAGUGGAAAUUUUUUGGCGUUUAUCAAGAUGAUUGGAGGCUUUGAUGAAGUAAUGAAGGAACACAUUCGACGGAUUGAAAAGGGUGAAACUCAAUACCAUUAUCUUAGUCAUAAAAUUCAGAAUGAGUUGAUAGAAUUACUUGCUAGUGAGAUUAAGAAGGUAAUCUUAAAGAAGAUUCAAGAUGCGAAAUAUUUUUCAAUCAUUUUGGAUUCUACUCCUGAUGUUAGUCGUAAAGAGCAGAUGAUUUUAAUUCGGUGUGUAGAUGUUUCUACGGAUUCACCCACGGUUAAAGAGUUCUUUUUGUCAUUCUUGGAAAUCAAAGACAAAACAGGAGAGGGAAUUUUUACCACUCUUCAAGAUGCAUUGACUGAUCUUAAAUUGAGUAUUGGUGAUAUAAGAGGACAAGUAAGUGAAACACAUGGACUUGGAGGAUUUGAGUUUCUCUUUGGAAUGGUAAUUUGGUAUGAUCUUCUUUAUGCUGUCAAUACGGUGAGCAAAACCUUACAGUCAGAAGAUAUGGAUAUUGAGGUUGCUAUUUUUCAGUUAGGAGGACUUGUUGAUUAUUUGAAAAGCUACAGAGAAACAGGUUUUGAGAAAGCAAAAGUUGAAGCUAUGAAAAUUGCCAUUGAUAUGGAUAUUGAACCAGCGUUUUCUUCGAAACCAAAACGCUUGAUAAAAAAGAAAAAGCAAUUUGGUGAAGAUGCUGAAAGAGUUGAUGAAAGUAACAUGUUAAGUGUGGAGGAGACUUUUAGGAUCGACUAUUUUAUCAACAUUAUGGAUCAGGCUAUAGUGUCUCUUGGGUCAGCAAAGGAUGAUGAGUUGAUGACAUCUUGUGUCAAGCUUGAAGCUUCUUUAGAGCAUAAUGGGCAUUCAGAUGUAGACGGAAAACAGCUUUUUAUGGAACUUCGAUAUCUAAGAGAAAUACUGCCAAAGGAAAUUACAAAAGCUGUUGAGAUGCUAGAAUUUCUUAAAAGAAUGGACGGGUGUUAUCCAAGCACAGAGAUUGCUUAUCGUAUACUACUAACCAUUCCAAUUUCAGUUGCUUCCGCAGAAAGAAGUUUUUCAAAGUUGAAGCUCAUAAAAAAUUAUCUACGUUCGACUAUGUCUCAAGAGAGGUUAAAUGGAUUGUCGAUGAUAGCAAUAGAACACGAACUAGCCGAAGCCCUUGACCAUUCGAAGUUGAUAAAUGAUUUUGCAGGAAAAAAAGCAAGGAGAACUAUCUUUCAUGAUUAA